AUGGUCCAGUUUGACGUCGAUGGCAACGUUCUAUUCCUACAUCGUAACGCCAAGAAGCUCGAUGGCAAGGUGGACAAGCUGGACCCCAAAUACUGGACGCACCUGCAGACGUUCAAGUGGGAACAAGAUAUUUCUGUUGGUGAUGGCGAGGAAAUCGUGUUUCCAGCGAACCGGACGGCUGUGCAACGUAUGAUGAGUUACCAGGACAUCAAGCAGAAGUAUCAGAUCGGCAUCCAGCCCAGUGGCCCACUCUUUAAAGAGUUUGAGACAUGCUACGGCGCAGAGCCCAACGUCGUGAGCAACUAUAACUUGACCAAGUUCGAGGACCUGCCCUUUGCCAACCUGGAGCAGCAGCUGAUCGACUAUGCUCAUCAGGGUGCUCUCCUGGUGGUGCAGGCUCAAGGCCGCAUGGGUGUGUAG